GCUCGCCUGCAUUGUGUCCACAACAAAUCACCCCAACGCAAACUACGACCGGUCUGUUUCGCUUCCAAUUUUCACAAACAAUGAACUUACUAUUUUGAUUUAUCAAACUUAAGUUCUUUAUUGUUGAGUUAACAGCAAUUAAAAGAGAAAGUUUGAUGAGGCCUCUUAAUUCCUAAAAUUACACCUCGAAAAUACCGGCGUAUCGUUUGGGUGGUUGGACUUUUUGCAAGACAUGUAGGGCCCGUACUGACUCUAAGAGCAGUCCACCCUCGAGCGGUAACUGGAACAUAAAGUCUCGACCCCGGCCUGCUGACAGCUCUAUUGUCAAACACUGUUGGCUCUCUGUUGUUGAGUUGGUGUCUACUGUCUGAGGCUUUAGCAGUUCUUUGCAUUAAUUCCCUAAGUUCAUGUGUGAUCCUUUGAAAGCGUUGCAAAACCUGAAAUCAUCAAAAACUAUAAUCACGAUCAAUUAUACCGUUGCACAAUGAGAAAGAGCUCAUAACAUCAUCUAAUUUAGCACUCAAAGUGUGCGAUGUAAGACUGGACACCGACUCCAACAGUUAGAAUCAGUUGUGGGUGACAAGUAUAGAGGUAUGUUGAUAUGGAAACCUUUGAUCGUGCCCUAAGAUCAAAGUAGUCUGGGUUUCUGGGGUCAACUUCUGUUUCAGGCCAAUACAUGUCUAAAAUUUACAUGUAUUAGCACUAUAAUUGGUUUUAAAUUUGAACGCUUGACUUUGAUACAAAUAAUGGGCGUACAAGGAAAUCCAACAAAUGAUUUUUUCAGAUAUAUCCUAUAAGCUUAAUUCACGGGGUAUAGCUGUGCAGUUCUGAUGGGAAAUUCAGUCAGGAAUUCUUCCUAGCAGUUACAGAUAAAAAUACACAGAUAAGCUGCAACUAUAAGCUCGAACUAUACUCAUCUCUAAGGAUAUUGCAUGUGGUAACGGGCAGGCUACAUCAAAAGAAGAUGCCCAUUUGCAACAUGUCCCAAAUUUAACUCUUUCAGCUUAACUUUAUCUGUCGCAGUCUCCUUUAAAGACAGUUAACAUAUAAUCUUGUUCGUAAAUAAUCCAUAUCGUAAUUGAAACUGCUUUGCCGUUAUAUAGUAAGCUGAGAGAGUAGGACUUGUUGCAAGACAUGUUGGGUCCGAAGCUGAGAACCAGCUCACCCUUGGGUGGAAGCAAUGAGGGACUGCGCGGCGCCACCUGCUUGUGCACGUGCACAUAGAUUUGUGCACGUACACAGACCGGGACGCUCCAACUUUUGCCCUAGGGGUUGAAAGUGUCUGGGAGGUUUGCUGGGUGCUCCCCCGUUGACAAAAUCAUGUCUCAAAAUCUAAAUUAGGGCUAGGUUUGAAUACUUGAUAUUUACUAAGAAAUAGAAACUUUGAUGAUUAAAAACUGCGAUAUCACAGAGCUUGAGGCAAAAGGAACCGUCUUUCUCGAGAGCAACGCAGCUGAUAAAAAGAUAUCCUGCGGCCUGACUAGUCCCGGAGAAUGGAUAACUCAGACAGUCGAACUCACUCUCGAAAAAGUUAACGAUUCCACUGAAAAGACUAUUUGCAAGACGGAUCCGGAUGACGGAUUCAGCUGCAUCGGCAAAGCAGCAGGAAUUGCAUCCGUUACUGAAAGUACGGAUGGUGUUUCGAUGACUGCCACUCUGGAUGACACUGUGCUUACCUCUACUGUCGCCUACCGUUGCUCCGUUGAAGUCGGGGAAAACGAAGACGAGAAAGCAACCGACACCAAACUGAUCUAUGUCCAGAAAAUACGUGUAAAAUAUCGGAAUGACAACCUAGACGAAUACCAAAAGAUGACUACGGAUGACGAGUUAGAAGUAUCAGUCUACGGAGAUGACGCCUAUGCUCUGCAACCUGCAGUCUCCAACUGUAAACUAAAACAGAACAAUGUAGAUGCAGGCACUGGGGUUUUCAUUUCUUCAAAAUGCACAAUCCAGACGCUCACAAUUACGGGUAAAGAUUUGAAACUGGUUUGUGAUCUACGGUUUAAGGACAGCGAGGUUACUGAUGGCGGAGUAGUCACUUAUGAAUUACCUAAAGACACUACCUUAACAGUCACUGCGGUGUGUGGUGCGGGACAAUUCGAACAGUUACAGGGAUGUGUAGAUUGCAGCAGUAACAACGGAUAUAGGGCUCUAACUAUGUCACAGUUUGGAAAUUGCCGGAUGUGCCCAUCAGGAGAGGAACCAAAUGAUACUAAAAAUGGUUGUAAAACUUGUGGAUCAGGAUUCAAAUCCACCUCAGACACCAGAUGCAUUGCAUGUGAUGCCGGAACAAUUCUCGUCGGUACCACCUGCGAGCCCUGUCCUGCUGGAGAGCACCAAGUUAAUUCAGGGCAGACCAAGUGUGACGCGUGUCCUGCAGGAGAAUACUCUACUGUCCCAGGCUCCAAAACCUGCACUCUGUGUCCUUCCGGAACUAUCCCGACAGAGGGUGCGAAGAUAAUUUGCACUCCCUGUGGAGCAGGAGAGAAAUCUAACGAAGAUCGGACUGCUUGUGAGACUUGUGAUGCUGGUAAAUAUUCUGUUCCGGGCUCAUCUGAGUGCUCUGAUUGUCCUGCCGGAACUACCUCUGUUGCUGGGGGAAUAUGCACGAAGUGUCCAAAAGGCAAGUUCAACAGUAACGGCGGAGAAUGUGAUCAAUGUGGAAGUGGCUCUUACUCGGCUUUUGAGGGCUCAACAUUCUGCCUUACGUGUCAAGGGGAAAUUUCUAACGAACAAGACAGCUGUGAAGUGUGUGAAGCAGGAACGAAGUAUUAUGAAGGCAACUGUGUCACGUGUGAAAAAGGAGAAGUUUCCGAAGCUGGCAGUGCAACCUGUAAUCUCUGUCCUCCCGGAAGAUUCAAAGACAGUGUAUCCACGUGCAAGCUAUGUCCAAAGGGAAAAAAACAACCUGUUGGCGGUCAGGAGGAGUGUAUCCUAUGUGACGUCCAAAGAGGAGAGUUUCAAACACAAGAGGGUUCAACCUACUGUAAGACCACCACACCUGGGCACCAGCUAAAUCUGGAGAGCAAUACAGAGGACGAAGUACCGUGCGAGAAGAACUCUUAUUCGACUGGAGGAGCUAGUAAGUGCAGCAAGUGUGAGUCUGGUAAGGGGGAGUAUACGGACAGUACCGGCUCUACCUACUGCAACGUCUGUCAGUUCAACCUCGACAGUGCUGGCAAUUGCGGAACAAUAAGCUGCAAGGGGAACAAGAUAGAGCUGGAAGGCAUUGGAUCAGGCAACUUCACCUUCCCGGAUACCAGUGCUGGUGGCACGGCGAGCGUUAAAUGCGACGAAUCAAAUGAGGGAGCGGACGGCGAGAUGAUAACGAGAUACUGCCGGUAUAAUGCUCUGACUAAGGAGGUGGAGUGGGCCAGUGCAGACUCCUCAGCGUGCAGCAGCAAGUUCACGGAGGACGUCAAAGAUAAAGUCAACAAGAUGAAUGAUGUUAAUGUAAAGGAUCCAUCAGCGACGAAGGCAGCUGUGAAGGGCAUGCAAGACUUAGCAACUAAUGCUAAUGCGAUGGCUCCCAAAGAUCUGUCCAACAUCGCUACAAGUUUGAGCACCUUUACCGAUAACCUUGCAGAACAAGGCGUCGAAGUGGACGAAGAGGAGGCAUCAGGGUUGGCCUCCACGAUUGGCUCUGUUGCUGGAGCUGGGGAAGAAAAGAUGGCCUCUGUCUCCGAAACAGAGAAAACAGAAAUGCGGGGUUGCGUCACCACCAUCGCUAAGCAGCUUAAAGAGUCAGUUCCCGUCAAACUGAUUCUAUCGGAAUGCAAAAGUUCUCCGUUGCGGACAUGGACUCAGAAACUCCACUCACUCUUCCAAAACCAAAAAAUGACACCGUAUCUGCUCCCACACUAAAGAUGAAAGGCACACCAAAGGCAGAUGGACUGACAGUUGCUCCAACGGUUGCCGUAUUCAACAAAAAGACUGCCGCAGCUAUCUUCCCGAUGCCAUCUACUCCUUCAGAUGAAGAGACCAACUCUGAUGGAGGAUCGACAAAAUCAAAGAACAUCACCUACGCCAUCGAUUCAUCCAUCGUCUCAUUGGAAUUUGCUGGUACUACUGAACUAGAUAUAGAAAUAGAAAUAGCUGUUGACACAUCAAAAGACGUCGAACAAUCUUCAAGGAACGUUGAACGAAUCAGAACCUGUAAGUUCUACAAUGAAACUGCAAAGGAAUGGAGCACGAAAGGAUGCGAGACAAAAGAAGGAGAAACUAUCAGCGGAGAUGAGAAGCAUUAUCUCUGUGCCUGUCAGCAUAACACCAGUUUUGCUAUUAUCCUGAGUUCAGCUGAAAUAGCAGAUACAGUCCAAUCGACAGUUUCUUCAGUGCUGAACGUGAUAAACCUCGUUUUCCUCGGCUUAACCUUCCUGUGCAUCGCUCCCUUCAAGCAGUUCCAGGCCAGACGUCUCAUUCAAAUCCAGACCCAACUGUGCAUCGCCCUCUUCGUCGGACACAUCUCCUUCCUUAUCCUGGGGACAACAAACGCCUCCAACAAGGCCUGUGUUCCGGGUGUCAUAAUUGUGCAGUAUCUGUUCCUGGUAGCGGUAGCUUGGUCCGUUUGUGCUUCCGUUACUCUCUACGAAAAGAUCGUGAAUGCCCUGAAGUCGUUCGGAAAGCAGGACAAACACUACUUUGUGAAGUGUCUGGCAGGAUGCUGGUCAGCGCCCUUGUUCAUGGUUCUGGCUGCCUACAUUACUUCCAUCUCCCUGGACGCCAACCUGCCCUAUGUCACUGCCACUGGAGAACUGGACGAUGACAAGACGGAGACGUGCUGGGUUGCCAGCCCGUGGAAGUGGGUCGGCUUCAUCAUCCCUGUCUAUCUCUGUCUGGGAAUAAACGUCAUCCUCUUCGUCAUGAUCGCCAGAAUCAUCAUCAGAGCCGGGAAGAGCGGUUCUAACACUAGCCAUGCUCGCGAGAUAAAAGCAAUCAUGUCCAUUGCCACAACUGUUUGCCUACCCUGGCUGGUUGCUCUCCUCAUGGCCGGACCUCCAGCCAUGGCCCAGAUCUUCCAGUGGGUCUUCAUCAUCGUGACCGCAUCACAAGGACCUACCAUGUUCAUCUGUUUCGUCAUCUUCCAGGAGGAUGUGCUGACCAAUCUGUUCUCGCUGUUCGGAAAGGAACCCCCACAAGUUCUCUUGGCUCCCAAGUCUAGCAAGGCCAGCAAGUCUGCCGCCUCAGAAAUCAGCAGCGUCAAGCCAACAACUGCUGCUGUCAAAAAGGAGGAGAAGAGCGACAUCGUGCAUGUCAAGAACCCGGAGUAUAACGACCCAGCUCAGGAGGAAGAGAACCGCCAGUCUGAGGAAAACAUUUACAGCAAAGUUGACGAGGAGGCUCCAGCCGUGAAAGACGACACGAUAAGUCGUGGUAGUGUGAGCAGCAAGCACAUGUACGAAGCUACUUCCUUUACCCAACACGGAGACAAGAACGACAACAUAACUCCAGUUCCAGCAGUCGAACAGGGCGAAACCUACGAAAACAACGCCGCAAACGACCUGGACAUCGCUCAAAACUCCUAUCCACACGUGCCACAGCUCGUUUGAGCCGACAAGGACUUCACAGUUAUUGAUUAAAUGAUUAAUUAGCUUUCGAUUAAGUAAUUAGUUAACAGAUGACAAAAGAUUGAUGAUGGAUGGUACUAGCCAGAGACCGUUUAAUUACGUGCGAGUGAGCGUUAACAUCAAAUGACAAUGAAUGGGAAUUUUAAUAUUGAUCGGGUGAUUACGAUUUUUUGAUCACAAUAUUUUGAUUAAUUUAAUUUCAGAAACUAAGAAAAAAUGUAGAUUUGUGUUUUUUGUAAUUUGGGUACAACCUUUUAGAAUGUAGUAAUAAUAGUUUGUAGAUCUCAGUUUUUAGUUGCAGUAAGUGAUUUUUUAAUAAGUUAUUUUGAUUUAGAAUCAUUUUAAUGUUGUUUUAUACUUUUUUUAAAUAGCAUUGUUACCGAUAUGUGAAUAGUUGAAAAAUGUCAAUUUUAUUUUUUUCAGUCUCAGCGA